AUGGUUUUUUCCUCCAGCUUCGCAGCAGCUGCAGCUGCAACGCUCCUUACUCUCGCUACAGCCAACACGGGCAUCACCGUCUUAGAUCCCGUGUCGAGAUACGACUGCCCGUUUUCCCCAGACUACAGUUUCGACUCGCCUGUCAAUAUGACCGAGUACACAGACAUCACCCCCAAAAAGAACUUUACUCUUUACUACGAAUCCAACACCAGCACUGCCGCCGCAGAAGUCUCUCUCGGCAUGAAACACCCCUCUGUCCUUCUCGAAGAUAUUCCCGACAUCAGCCGAGUAGCAUGCACACACUGGACUGUAGCGAUCACAUUCAACAGCAGAAACACCUACAAGAAGAGUGUUUCUACCUGGCCAUCCUCCUCUUUCGUCAUCUUCACCAACAACCUCGGCAAUUGCGACGCACCCUACGAACGCGGGCUCUACUACGUCAGUGGCCUCACAUUCAAUAGCUCAACCAACACGAUCAUCGCAUCGACCACGCCCACAUCUUUCGAGUCCUGCACGGAGACUAUGGAUAUCUCCUUUUUGACUCCCGCCACAUUGGCCGGCGCAGAAGCAGAAGCAGCAGUAUCCAAACGAGACAUCGCGGCGUCAUUCAGCAGCGACUUCCCGUCCGAGAUCACGCUCGUCAACGACCCCGGAGUCCUCAUCACCGCCUCGGACACCAGGCUCUCGGGCUCCUUCAACCUCAGCGGCCGCGUCUCCUACGACUUCUGGAGGUUCAAGUUCACCACCUUCUACCUGGAGCUCGAGGUCUACGCCGAGGGCGGGACCACCAUCGACGCCAACGCCACCAUCCCGCGCGUCGCCUCGGAGUGGGACUUCCAGGCCGCCGAUGUGUCCGUCUCGGCCUUCGAGAUCGCUGGCAUCUUGAGCAUGGGCCCGAAGAUCGGCUUCGGGCUCGGCGUCGACGCCUCGGCCGCGGGCAGCGUCGCCAUGUCCGCCGAGCUGGGUGCCAGUCUCGAGGGCGGAUUGGUGCAUCUCGAUCUCCUCGACAGCAAAGAAUCGUACACCGAGGGCUGGACACCCGUCUACAGCUACGACGUGGACAUCUCCGGCGCCGUCCAGGCUGAGGUGAGCCCUUACCUGGCCCUGACGGCGGGCUUCGGCGCCAGCUUCCUCAGCGGGCUCGUUGAGCUCGACGCGGGGUUGAUGGUCAAGUCUCAGAUAGUGAACGUGUUCAACGUCACGCUCGCGCUGCAGGCGGGUGGUGCUGGUGGUAGCAACGUCACGGUUCCGGUGUGGGGAAAUAGCACGGCGUGUCGCAACAGCUUGGGCUUGUCUCUCUCAAGCGACUUUGUAGUGGACAUCUCGGCUGGGGCAAUUGAAGCUCGAUCAAGUGAUGCAGCUGCUUGA